GGUACUUCAGGUUAAGAACAGUUUCAGGUUAAGAACAGACCUCUGGAACGAAUUAAGUACUUAACUCGAGGUACCACUGUACUCUGACAGCAACCAGUAAAUUACCAAGGAAGCUAUAGUGUAUGGAAUGAACAGUCUCUCUCUCCCCCCCGCUUCUAAUUAUUGUUUAUUUGGUUUUGUGUUCGCUAGGAAACUGCCAUUUGGCAACAAAUCUACUAAAAUGGACAGGAAAAUGUCUCGUUUCAGAUAGUUGCACAUUUCUUGGGACAGCGGCAGUUCUUAUUAGCAGGGCGUCAGAUUUGUAGACUCUAUAAGCUUCCUUUGGUCGCAUUGUAAAGCAUUGUCCAUGAUUCCUUUCUCCAUUCUAACUCGGCGAUUCAAAAUGUUUCUCAAGUGUGCAGCCCCCAAAAAGUGGAAAGCAUUUGAUGGCAAAGUUACCGAGAUGGAUACGCAGUUCACGCUGCGGGCCAGGGAGCUGCUCGAAAUCUACCGCAGCAUUAGUAUGAAAGACCUUCCGCAGGAUGAACGGCUGGAUGUGCUGCUAACGCUGAAGCACACGGUGAAGGAACAUGACUCUAAACUCACACAUGAGAUAGUGGAAUUGAUUGACAGAGAAGCAGACCUCAUGAUGAGGGGAGUGAAGGAAUGUAACUUAGACGGGCUCAGACAAAGAAUAUGUACAUUAUUUCUUCAGUAUAUCAAAACACCACUUUUUAAUCCAGAGGUUGCUCGACAUCUCAAGGUUCCACCUGAUCCAAUGAGGCUUUACCAAAACAUCCACUUUUGCCUUGGUUGCAAAAGGUACCUGCCCUCUACGGAUUUUGCCAUAUCUGCUAGUUCACACACUGUUGGCCGUUGUCGUCUGUGCUGCAAGCUGGAUAACGAGGCUCGCAAGAGGGAAGCCUUCCUGAAAUACAAACGUAUGCUCCGAAAUCUCCGAGAAUCAGAAUUGAAUUAUAAGGAUGGUGCUAAGAUUGCCUUCAUACUACAGGUAUGCAGAGGACCAAGAAUAGUGAUGUUAAAGAUAAUAUUUUCAGACAGCACAAAAUGGAACAGAGUUUUAUAUUGUGCUGGCUGUAAGUAGUGGCAGAGCACAGAG